AUGACCACACUUGAGCUGUAUACGAAGGGAGCUAGAGUAUGGAUCCCGCACGAACAAGUUAUAUGGAUUGGCGGAGAAUUAACUAAAGAUUUAAAAGAAGAUGGAAUCUUGGAGAUUGAACUCGAAGACGGAAAUGAAAUUACUCUCGAUGUUUAUAAGGGAAAACAGAGCCUUCCUCCGUUGAGAAACCCCGAAGUUCUUGUUGGAGAAAAUGAUCUUACAACCUUGAGUUACUUACAUGAACCUGCCGUGCUGUACAAUCUUCAAGUUCGUUUCCUCCAAUCCAAUGCGAUUUACACUUAUUGUGGUAUUGUUCUGGUUGCUAUCAAUCCUUACCAACAGCUUCCUCUCUAUGGACCUGACAUCAUAUCUGCGUAUAGUGGCCAAUCCAUGGGUGACAUGGACCCACAUAUUUUUGCUGUUGCUGAGGAUGCAUUCAGAGCCAUGGCCAGAGAUGGGCUGAAUCAGUCAAUCAUUGUCAGUGGUGAAAGUGGCGCUGGGAAGACAGUUAGUGCUAAGUAUGCAAUGAGGUACUUUGCAUCAGUGGGAGGGGCCUCUACAGAGACACAGAUUGAAAAGAAAGUCUUGGCAUCCAACCCUAUUAUGGAGGCCAUUGGAAAUGCUAAGACAAUACGGAAUGACAACAGUAGCCGAUUUGGAAAAUACCUCGAAAUAUCUUUUGACAAGAACUAUCACAUCAUAGCAGCCCACAUGAGAACCUACUUGCUGGAGAAAUCUCGAGUUGUAUUUCAAGCUCCUGAUGAAAGAAACUACCAUGUAUUCUAUCAACUUUGUGCUGCAUGUGAUACUCCUGAACUCAAAGAUCUUAGACUUGCACACCAAGACAACUUUUACUACUUAAACCAAGGAGAAUGUCCUUAUGUUGAUGAGGUGGAUGAUGGUGAGGGGUUUGAGGAGAUGCGAGAGGCCAUGGAUCUG